GAAAAUCAAUACUAACCCAAUUUAUAAAGAAAGGACAAGCGUGAAGCCCACUCUGGUGAAAAUCUCUUCCUUUUCUUUCUGUUUCUGAGACCUGAGUCUUAGUUUCUCUUUGAACUGAGAGAGAGAGAGAAGAGAGAGAGAAUGAGGUCGGUCAUCAAUGUGAGAAUGAGGUCCAUUUCUCUUUUCUCUUUUGUAUAAUGAGCAAGGAACUGGAACCUCUUUUCCCUGGAAGAAGAUGGCAGUGCAACAAAAUGAGCAUCAGCAGUCUGAACACCACCACCAACAGAAUCAUUCCUUUCUGUUAGAUGCUCUGUACUGUGAGGAAGAAGAGCAAUGGGAGGAGGAAGAAGAAGAAGAAGAAUUAGUCCAAGAGGGCUUAGAAGAGGAGAGAGAUAGCUGCAACAGCAGCAGUGGAAGAAGCGCUUCUUUUCUUCCUCUGUUGUUAUUGGAGCAGGACCUGUUUUGGGAAGAUGAAGAGCUUCUGUCUCUCUUCUCCAAGGAACAAGAGAUUCAUUUCAACCUUGGCAAUGGUGAUACGGCCUCUGCACUCUCUUUGGCUCGCAAAGAAGCUGUGGAAUGGAUUCUAAAGGUCAAUGGCCAUUAUGGGUUCACAGUUCUCACUGCAAUUCUUGCCAUCAAUUAUCUUGAUAGGUCUCUUGCCAGCCUCCAUUUUCAGACAGAGAAGCCAUGGAUGAUCCAGCUUGCAGCUGUGACCUGCCUUUCUUUGGCAGCCAAAGUUGAAGAAACCCAAGUGCCCCUUCUCUUGGACCUUCAAAUGGAAACCAAGUAUGCAUUUGAGGCCAAAACCAUCCAGAGAAUGGAGCUUCUGGUGCUUUCCACUCUCCAAUGGAGGAUGAAUCCAGUGACCCCAUUGUCAUUUCUUGAUCACAUUAUCAGAAGGCUUGGACUCAAGACUCAUCUCCACUGGGAGUUUCUCAGGCGAUGUGAGCGCCUCCUCCUCUCCGUUGUCUCUGAUUCUAGAUCUGUGGGUUAUCUGCCAUCGGUAUUGGCCACUGCAACAAUGCUUCAUGGCAUCCACCAAGUUGAGCCUGGCAACUCCAUUCAAUAUCAAAACCAGCUUCUCAGUGUUCUUAAGCUCAACAGGGAGAAAGUGAAUGAUUGUUACCAGCUAAUACUGGAGCUUUCAAGCACUAGUAGUUGUUUCUAUAAAGAACAAAGCAACCCUCACAAGCGCAAGCACCAGCAAGUUCCAAGCAGCCCAAGUGGUGUAAUUGAUGCAUCUUUCGGCUCUGAUAGCUCAAACGAGCAGCCACUCUUCAAGAAGAGCAGAGCCCAAGAAAAGCAGCUGCAUGUGCCAUCCCUCAGCAGGGUGUUUGUGGACAUUGUUGGCAGCCCUCUUUAGUCUCUCUCUCUCUCCCCCUCUCUUUGUCUCUCUCUCUCUAUAUCUCUAUAUAUAUGAAGAACUCUAUUUAUUAUGUGUUAUUAAGUUAAAAAUAUGGCAAGUUAAGUUUUGUCAUUCA